GAAGAGAAACAAACAUGAGCGGAAGAGGAAAGACCGGUGGAAAGGCGAGGGCAAAGGCCAAGACUCGUUCCUCCCGUGCCGGGCUCCAGUUCCCCGUGGGCCGUGUUCACAGACUCCUCCGCAAGGGCAACUAUGCCGAGCGUGUCGGUGCCGGGGCCCCGGUCUAUCUGGCGGCUGUGCUGGAGUAUCUGACCGCUGAGAUUCUGGAGCUGGCUGGAAACGCGGCCCGGGACAACAAGAAGACCCGCAUCAUCCCCCGUCACCUCCAGCUGGCCGUCCGCAACGACGAGGAGCUCAACAAGCUGCUGGGCGGAGUGACCAUCGCUCAGGGCGGCGUGCUGCCCAACAUCCAGGCUGUUCUCUUGCCCAAGAAGACCGACAAGCCCGCCAAGAACUUUGUAGCGCCGUGUAUAAAUACCGCCGGCUGGCUGGAUGAGACUAUCUUUCAGUGUUUAACUGAACGAAGAGAAACAAACAUGAGCGGAAGAGGAAAGACCGGCGGAAAGGCGAGAGCAAAGGCCAAGACCCGAUCCUCCCGUGCCGGGCUCCAGUUCCCUGUGGGUCGUGUUCACAGACUCCUCCGCAAGGGCAACUAUGCCGAGCGUGUAGGUGCCGGGGCCCCGGUCUAUCUGGCGGCUGUGCUGGAGUAUCUGACCGCUGAGAUUCUGGAGCUGGCUGGAAACGCGGCCCGGGACAACAAGAAGACCCGCAUCAUCCCCCGUCACCUCCAGCUGGCCGUCCGCAACGACGAGGAGCUCAACAAGCUGCUGGGCGGAGUGACCAUCGCUCAGGGCGGCGUGCUGCCCAACAUCCAGGCUGUUCUCUUGCCCAAGAAGACCGACAAGCCCGCCAAGAAGUAGAUCCACACACAAACUUCAGCCCAACACAACAAAGGCUCUUUUAAGAGCCACACCAA